AUGUCCCGAGACCGGUUCAUGGCCAUCUUGUCUAAUCUUCAUUUGAGUGACCCAGAGAAAAAUGAGGAAAAUGACAAGAAAAAGGGCACAGAGGAUUAUGACCACCUCCACCGAGUCAGACCUCUCAUGGAGUUGAUUUGCGUGAAUUGCAAGGCCAUCUACCACCCAAGACAGCACCUUGCAGUCGAUGAGAGGAUGGUUGGGACCAAGGCCAGGCUCAGCAUCAAGCAGUACAUGAAGGCCAAGCCAACAAAGUGGGGGCUGAAGUUUUUUGUGCUUGCUGACAUGAACGGCCACACCAUUGACUUCAUGCUCUACACGGGCAAGUCCAAGUGGGCAUCAGGGAAGGGGCUCUCAUUUGAUGUUGUAGCAGGACUGGUCAACAAAGGCUAUCUGGGGCAGGGAAGAGUUGGUGUCCCCACCACCCAAGAAAAUGCACUCACAAAGAAAUCACCACGAGGCAGCAUCCGGUGGAUCAGGGACAGAGAUCUUCUGUUUGUGAAGUGGAUGGACGUGAGAGAAGUCUCCCUGUGCUCCACCAUCCACCCAGUCUACAGUGGGGACACAGUGGAGCGCUGGUCAAAGACAGGUGAUGGGCCACAACAGAAGAUCUCUGUCCCCAGACCCACCUCAGCAACAGAGUACAACAAGUACAUGGGGGGAGUAGACACAUCAGACCAGAUGAUUGGCACAAACACUGUCCACCGGAAAACGAGGAGAUGGCCCACCACUGUUUUCCAACAUCUGCUUGACAUUGCCGUGACCAACUCAUUCGUGAUCCACAAGACUCGCUGUGCCAGCCUGCAAGAGAAUCCUAUGACACGUCAGCGAUUCCAGGAGGAGCUUACUGCGCACCUCCUUGGAGUUGAUGUGAAAAAUGGCCCACAGAAGACCCCAGGAAGCUCUGCUGUGUUCACCCAACAACCCACAGACUUGGUGGUGGUGGCAGGCCAGCCAGUUACCCUGCCCUGCUCCAUCCCCGGCUACAAUGGCAUGGUGCUAUGGCUGCGUGAUGGCAUGGCCCUGGGUGUUAACAGGGAUCUGUCAGGUUACCCACGGUAUGACAUAAUUGGAGAUCACAGGAAAGGAGAAUAUCACCUCUUGAUCCAGAGAACAGAGAUUCAAGAUGAUGCUGUCUUCGAGUGCCAGGCCAUCCAGGCAGCUAUCAGAUCACGACCUGCCCACCUCACUGUGUUUGUUGCUCCUGACAACCCAGUGAUAGUGGGGGCCCCGGUGGUGAGUUUACAGGCUGGUGACCAACUCAACCUCACAUGUCACGCAGACAGUGCCAAACCUGCUGCAUCCAUCAUCUGGAUCCGCAAUGGUCUAGUCCUGAAUGGAGCCGUGUAUUCAAAGACCUUGUUGCGGGAUGGUAAGAGGGAGAGCACAGUUAGCACACUCUACCUGCUGCCCCACAACAUUGAGUCAGGUCAGCAGAUCACCUGUCGAGCAUCAAACAAAGCAGCCCCCAACGGAAAAGAUGCUACUGUCACAAUUGACAUUCAGCACCCACCCAUUGUCAACCUCACCGUUGAGCGUCAGCCUGUUCUAGAGGGGAGUGUGGUCAAAUUCCAUUGUGCUGCAAAAGCCAACCCUCCUGUCAUCUACUACAGAUGGGCCAAAGGAGGUUAUGUGAUCCCUGACGUGUCCGGCGACACCUAUGAGGCUCUUGUGGACUACUCUUUCUUCACUGAGCCUGUUUCCUGUGAGGUCACCAACAUACUAGGAAACACCAACAUCACCAGGAACGUGGACGUCUACUUUGGGCCAAGGAUGGGGGCAGAGCCUCAGUCUCUGCAGGUGGACCAAGGAUCGGAUGCUGUUUUCAACUGUGCUUGGACAGGAAACCCCUCUCUGACCAUCGUGUGGAUGAAACGUGGCUCAGGAGUGGUGCUUAGCAACAAGAACACUCUGACACUGAAAGGAGUGAGGCAGGAGGAUGCUGGGAAGUAUGUGUGUCGGGCUGUUGUCCCCAGAGUGGGUGUGGGGGAGAAGGAAGUGUCGCUCACUGUGAAUGGUCCUCCCACUAUCUCUAGCACCCAGACCCAGCAGGCGCUCUACGGAGAGAGGGGUCAGAUCAAGUGUUUCAUACACAGCAGCCCUCCUCCCGACCGUAUCGCCUGGUCCUGGAAGGAGACAGUUUUGGAGUCAGGGACAUCUGGACGCUACACUGUGGAGACGGUCAGCACAGAGGAGGGGGUCAUCUCCACACUGACCAUGAGUAACAUAGUCCCCGCAGAUUUCCAGACCAUCUACAACUGCACAGCAUGGAACAGCUUCGGCUCUGACACUGAGAUCAUACGCCUCAAAGAACAAGAGACUCUGCGACUGGCUGUUAUCGUCGGUGUGGCAGUGGGAGCCUUCCUGGCCCUCUCUAUCCUCCUGGGGACACUCAGCGCUUUCUGCUGCACCAGAUUCCACACGAAGGAUGUCCAUCUGGUCAUGUCUUCUCUUCCUGUGUCAAUGUCACACCACAGAGAUGUGAAAACAGAGAGUCUUAAAGGAGGCAUUCAGGUGGAGAUUGUCCACAAGGACCAUGAUGCAGCACAGGAGAGCGAGGAGCAUAUGAACAUCACGCAGAUGAUGACAGACCAUGGUGAGUUCCAGCAGGAGGCUGUGCUGAAGCAACUGGAGAUGCUCCAUGAGGAGGAAAAGGAGAUACAGUAUGUAAAGGACCCCACCAAUGGCUACUACAGUGUCAGCACGUUCAACGAGCACCACGCCACCCACACCAUGUCCUUGACCCCCAGCCGGACUCCUGACAUAGGCCGAAGCCCAACCGCUGGAACUAAGACUAUUGGCAAACAGCAGGUGCCCACUGGCAUGUCCUUCACCAACAUCUACAACACCCUUGGUGCCGGUCCAAACCACCUGUGCGACUACAGCCAGCACUUCGUCCUGGGCAUGGGAAGCAGUUCCAUCGAGCUGUGUGAGCGGGAGUUUCAGCGGAGCUCACUCAGCGACUCCAGCUCCUUCAUUGACACUCAGUGUGACAGCAGCGUCAGCAGCCACAGCAAGCAGGACAGAUGUGUGCAGCUUGACAAGAACAGCAAGACCUCAGCCUCGUCCUCCUCUCACUAUUCUCAGUCCUCCUCCCAGAACUCAGACAUCACCAGGCCUCUGCAGAAACGCAUGCAGACCCAUGUCUAA